CCCGAAGCCACGAGUAAAAAGUCCAAGAAAUUAUCCCGGGAUGCUGCACAGUCCCAAACUCGCCUCUACUACCACUCUCUCCUCGCCUACCAUCAACCCUACCUCACCGACAAGGCCGAAACCAUGCUGGGAAUCACCAUCGCCCCGCUAGACCUUCUCUCUGAUCAUGUGUCGGAUAGUGGGCCGCGUUUUAUUGGACCGGCAUCCACUGAUAAGAUGAAGAAGUUUGUGGAAGACAACGGAACUUGGGAUAAACCCAUUCUUCUACCUAUCCGCGAAGACGACGAAGAACACCCUAACAACUUGGAGGGGAAAUUGGGGACUGAGAGUAUAAAAUACUACAAGGGUUUCCACAUGCUGAAUGCCCUGGAGGUGUUCGCCCGAACACCGUACAUCGAGCAAGAUUCCCAUAACUUCGACUGGUUCAACCCAGACUGGAAGUCGGCCAUUGUCGGCUGGUCUAAAAUACAGGAUACAGACUCGAAGGACAUGGACCCCUGGUCUUUACAGCGUAUCUUCGAAUCCACGGUACCUGACAGGCCGCAUACCCACGCUUUCGUUAAUCACGUAAUCCAACUCGAGAACGACAAGCUCACGACUGGGGAGAUGGCUGCUGCCACGGGCAUUAUAUCUUCACAACGUUGCUUCCGGGGAUUCAACCAUCACCGAUAUAUCCCAGCCACUAUUUUCUCGGCUUCGUUCCGCGACUUUCGCAUCGUUCAGGUCUGGCAUGACCGGGAAAGUCCGAACGCACUCCACGUCCGUCGUUCCCCUAUCUUGGAUUUUAUGCAAGGCAAGGAAGCCAAGCGGGAUGACUGGGUAACCCUUUUGUGCUGGUUUAUGGGCGAACAACUCGAGACCACGAUGCCCAGCCAGGUCAGC